UUUGUUUAUUAUAUUUAAAUUCAAGAUGUGUAGCUCAGAUCAACGUCUCACUCUGAAGAAGCAGCGGAUUAGAACUUACUUAUAAUGCCUGAGGUUAACAAAAUUUCAGUUCUACGAAAAAUGUUCGGUUUCGAUAAAAAAAAGACCACUAAUUCGUAUAUUGUGCCACAGAAUUCGACAGUGAAAUUGGAGCAAAAGCAAACUGGUGUAAAGGAGCACAUUGCCAAUCUUAAAGAGAAUCAUUACGAACGCAACAAUAUGAACAAGUGUCCGCACUGCGAGAAUAUGGCCAAGAACUUUUUAUAUUUGGAGAGUUUAAUACGUAAUAACUGUGACAAGAACCAGAAGUGCAGCCUGUGCCAAUCAUCGCUAAAGUAUCUUCAGUAUGUGAAUCGCAACAUAAUGCAGGUUUUUGGCAACUUCGAUUCGAUUGUACAGGCUGCACGCGUAUUCUCCACUCAGGCACCGCCGACGCCCAAAUACAGUGUUAAGAAGCCACAGGAGCAACAACAACUACCAGUUCGGGCACGGGGCGGUGCCAUAGUUCAUUCACAGAAGAGUGCGAAAACGUUGAAGUCUGUGAAAUCGCAGAAGUCCAAAAAGUCGCUCAAGUCGAUAAAAGCAUCCAAGUCGGGCAAGAGUGUGUCUAGAUCGAAUAAGAACAAACGGAAGACUGCUAUCAAAAGCCAUACCAGCCAUGGAAAGAUGGUCCUCAAGAGUAAAUUCAAGUCAAGUCCGGCCAAAACAAUCAAGCUGACCAACCAGAUGAGCAAGGUCGUACGCAGCGCAAGUCAAUAUCAAAACUUGCGCUCCAUACACUCCAAAUUGACCAAGGCCAAGAAGCAGAAGAAGCAACGUCUCCUACCACCACCAACCAGCAUCAAUUGGAAUCUCCUAAAGCGCAAUUUGCCCCAUCGUAUCAAGCCAAUUGGCAUCAAUUAAAUCGUAAUCGACCAUCAAAAACCGCAUCAGCUACAACAACAACAACAACAACUGUAAAUGAAAGCAAGAACAACAUCAAGCUGAUAUUAUGCAUGCAAUUUGAGUGACCGUUUGAUGCUACUUAAACCUUUUGUUAUUCUAUCAAAAUUAGCCAUUGAAAUUAUACUUUUGUUAACUGCCAAA